UCUCCUUGUCUCCAAACCAACAUAUUCUUGCCAUCCUCACAACAACCUUGAAAGGAUAGAGGAAUAAGUAGAAUCCGAUUUCGUUUGCCUCCUCUUGUUCAGCUUUAUCUUUGUCAAGCAGAUAACGGCAGCAAAACAAGCAUACAAGCCCCAACGCAUAUCGACAGAUCUCACCAGCAAUGGCGGCGAAUCCAUAUUACGGCCAGGGUAAUCCAUACGGCCACAUGGACACCUCCGGCAACGUGCCUACGCCCAUGGAGAUGACCCAGGACAAGCUGGACGAGAAGGCCAGGAAAUGGCAGCAGUUACAGGCUAGGCGCUACGGUGAGAAGCGCAAGUUUGGAUUUGUUGCGCACGAAAAGGCGGAUAUGCCCCCGGAGCACAUCCGAAAGAUUAUCAAGGAUCAUGGUGACAUGUCUUCAAAGAAAUUCCGACACGACAAACGUAUCUACCUCGGAGCUUUGAAAUAUGUGCCUCACUCGGUCUUGAAACUGCUGGAAAAUAUGCCUAUGCCCUGGGAGCAAGUCCGCGAGGUGCCGGUCCUCUAUCACAUCACAGGAGCCAUUUCGUUCGUCAAUGAGAUCCCGCGAGUGAUUGAACCCGUCUACAUGGCUCAGUGGGGAAGCAUGUGGAUUAUGAUGAGGCGCGAAAAGAGAGACCGAAGGCAUUUCAAGCGCAUGCGUUUUCCGCCCAUGGAUGAUGAAGAAAUGCCCUUGGACUAUGGUGACAACAUUCUGGAUGUGGAACCGCUCGAAGCAAUUCAGAUGGAGCUUGACAUAGACGAGGACAAGGCCAUCUACGACUGGUUCUACGACCACAAACCCCUCAUCGAUACGAGGCAUGUCUCUGGACCGGCAUACAAGGCCUGGCAGCUUGAUCUGGGCCAAAUGUCGAAUCUUUACAGAAUCGCAAAGCAGCUGAUGUCCGAUUUGACCGACAAGAAUUACUUUUAUCUGUUUGACAAGCCCAGUUUCUUCACUGCCAAAGCACUCAAUGUCGCCAUCCCAGGGGGGCCCAAAUUCGAGCCUCUCUACCGCGAUGUUGACCCUGCAGACGAGGACUGGAACGAGUUUAACGACAUCAACAAAAUCAUUAUCCGCCAGCCCAUCCGUACGGAGUACAAGGUUGCCUUCCCUUAUGUAUACAACUCUUUGCCUCGUUCUGUCCAUGUUGGAUGGUACCACUAUCCGACCGUCGUCCACAUCCCUGCCGAGGAUCCCGACCUUCCAGCAUUUUACUAUGACCCCAUCAUCAAUCCUAUUACGACACGCAGUACAGUAGCACCAAACCAGGAAAUUUCGACAGAGGAUGCGUUGUUCGGCGAUGCAGAUGAGGAUGAUGAUGACGAGUUCAAGCUUCCGGAUGAGAUCGAGCCCUUCUUACAAGAUGAACCCUUGUAUACAGACAACACCGCUAAUGGUAUCAGUCUCUACUGGGCACCCCAUCCAUUCAACAAGCGCAGUGGUCGCACGCGUCGUGCGCAGGAUAUUCCACUGGUUCAGAGUUGGUAUCUAGAACACUGCCCCAGCGACAAUCCUGUCAAGGUCCGUGUGUCGUACCAAAAGCUGCUCAAAAACUACGUUCUCAAUGCCCUCCAUCAUCGUCGACCCAAACCCUUGAGCAAAAAGUACCUGUUCCGCCAACUCAAGUCGACAAAGUUUUUCCAAUCGACCGAGCUUGACUGGGUUGAAGUUGGUCUUCAGGUGUGCCGGCAGGGUUACAACAUGCUGAACCUCCUGAUCCACCGAAAGAACUUGAACUAUCUGCAUCUGGAUUACAACUUUAACUUGAAGCCCGUCAAGACUCUCACGACAAAGGAGCGCAAAAAGUCACGCUUCGGAAACGCCAUGCAUUUGUGCCGUGAAAUCCUGCGUCUCACAAAGCUGAUUGUCGACUCGCAUGUUCAAUACCGUCUCGGAAACGUGGAUGCUUUCCAGCUAGCGGACGGCCUCCAGUACAUCUUUGCGCACGUUGGCCAGUUGACAGGAAUGUACAGAUACAAGUAUCGCUUGAUGCGACAGAUCCGCGCUUGCAAGGAUUUGAAGCACGUCAUCUACUAUCGCUUCAAUACUGGACCAGUUGGAAAGGGUCCUGGAGUUGGAUUCUGGGCGCCAGGUUGGAGAGUCUGGCUUUUCUUCUUGCGUGGUAUCGUUCCGCUGUUGGAGCGCUGGCUCGGAAACCUGCUUGCUAGACAUUUUGAGGGUCGUCAUUCUAAGGGCAUCGCCAAGACCGUCACCAAGCAGCGUGUGGAGUCGCAUUACGAUCUCGAGCUUCGUGCAUCUGUCAUGGCUGAUAUCCUAGAUAUGAUGCCCGAGGGCAUCAGGACCAACAAAUCGAAGACUAUUCUACAACAUUUGAGCGAAGCCUGGAGAUGCUGGAAGGCCAACAUUCCAUGGAAGGUCCCUAUGAUGCCCGCACCGAUUGAGAAUAUGAUCCUUCGUUAUGUCAAGAACAAGGCAGAUUGGUGGACAAACGUCGCACAUUACAACCGUGAACGUAUUCGUCGUGGAGCAACUGUCGACAAGACGGUAACAAAGAAAAACCUGGGUCGUCUGACACGUUUGUGGCUCAAGGCUGAACAGGAGCGUCAACACAACUAUCUCAAGGACGGACCCUAUGUUACAGCGGAGGAAGCCGUUGCUAUCUACACCUCGACUGUGCACUGGCUGGAGAGCAGAAAGUUUUCGCCAAUCCCAUUCCCACCUCUCAGUUACAAGCACGACACCAAGCUAUUGAUUUUGGCACUGGAGCGACUCAAGGAAGCGUACAGUGUCAAGGGCCGUCUCAACCAAUCGCAACGUGAGGAGCUCGGCCUUGUCGAGCAGGCAUAUGAUAACCCGCACGAGGCCCUCAGCCGUAUUAAGCGUCUUUUGCUCACCCAGCGAGCCUUCAAGGAGGUUGGCAUCGAGUUCAUGGACCUGUACAGUCAUUUGAUUCCUGUAUACGAUGUGGAGCCGCUCGAGAAGAUCUCUGAUGCAUACCUGGAUCAAUACCUUUGGUAUGAGGCUGAUAAGCGCCACCUGUUUCCUGCCUGGAUCAAGCCAGCGGAUACGGAGCCAGCACCUCUACUGGUUUACAAAUGGUGCCAGGGUAUCAACAACCUGACUGAUGUGUGGGAAACAUCAGAAGGCGAGUGUGUUGUGAUGAUGGAAACCAAGUUCAACAAACUAGCCGAAAAGGUCGAUCUCACCCUCCUCAAUCGUCUCCUACGUCUUAUUCUCGAUCACAACAUUGCCGAUUACAUGACCGCAAAGAACAACGUCUCGCUCAACUACAAGGACAUGAACCACGUCAAUGCCUACGGCCUCAUCCGUGGUCUUCAGUUCUCGAGUUUCAUCUACCAAUACUACGGCUUGAUUCUUGAUCUGUUGGUCCUCGGUCUUCAACGCGCUAGCGAGAUGGCUGGUCCUCCUCAACUUCCCAACGACUUUUUACAGUACCGCGAUGUUGCCACCGAGGUCCGUCAUCCUAUCCGCCUCUACUCUCGUUAUAUUGAUCGGUUCCAUAUGGUCCUGCGAUUCACUGCAGACGAGGCAAGAGAUUUGAUCCAGAGGUACUUGACAGAGCAUCCGGAUCCCAACAACGAGAACGUGGUCGGUUAUCGCAACAAGAGGUGCUGGCCACGCGACUGCAGGAUGCGUCUCAUGAAGCACGAUGUUAACCUAGGUCGAGCGGUCUUCUGGGAUAUGAAGAACCGUCUGCCUAGAAGCUUGACCACGAUCGAGUGGGACGAUACAUAUGUGUCAGUGUACAGCAAGGAUAAUCCGAACUUGCUGUUCGCCAUGUGCUCAUUCGAGGUCCGUAUCCUGCCUAAGAUCCGAAACCAGGACGAGCAGUUCUCGAUGAAGGAUGGUGUCUGGAACCUGAUUAACGAGCAGACAAAGGAGCGAACCGCACAGGCUUUCCUUCGUGUUGACGAGGAGGGUAUCCAGAGAUUCCACAAUCGUGUUCGUCAGAUCUUAAUGGCCUCGGGAUCGACGACGUUCUCCAAGAUUAUCAACAAGUGGAACUCUUGCCUUAUUGGCUUGAUGACCUAUUACCGUGAGGCUGUUGUGCAUACCCGUGAGUUGCUGGACCUCUUGGUCAAGUGCGAGAACAAGAUCCAGACCCGUGUCAAAAUCGGUCUUAACUCUAAGAUGCCCUCCCGUUUCCCGCCAACAGUUUUCUUUACGCCCAAGGAGCUUGGCGGUCUGGGAAUGCUGUCCAUGGGCCAUGUUUUGAUCCCUCAGUCGGAUUUGAGAUGGUCCAAGCAGACGGAUGCCGGCAUCACCCACUUCCGGAGCGGCAUGUCACACGAACAAGAUCAGCUUAUCCCCAACCUGUUCCGUUACUUGCAGCCUUGGGAAUCUGAGUUCAUUGAUUCGCAGCGUGUUUGGUCUGAGUAUGCUUUAAAGCGUCAGGAGGCUAACGCCCAGAACCGCCGACUCACACUGGAGGAUCUUGAGGAUUCCUGGGACCGCGGUAUUCCUCGAAUCAACAGUUUGUUCCAAAAGGACAGACACACACUUGCAUACGACAAAGGUUGGCGUGUUCGAACCGAGUUCAAGCAGUACCAAAUCCUUAAGGUGAAUGCCUUCCACUGGACAAACGCCAGACAUGAUGGCAAACUGUGGCAGCUUAACAAUUACAGAACGGAUAUGAUCCAGGCCUUGGGAGGUGUGGAGGGUAUUCUGGAGCAUACGCUGUUCAAGGGCACAUACUUCCCUACCUGGGAGGGUCUGUUCUGGGAGAAGGCAUCUGGUUUCGAGGAGAGUAUGAAGUAUAAGAAGUUGACCAACGCUCAGCGCUCAGGUUUGAAUCAGAUUCCCAACCGUCGCUUCACGCUUUGGUGGUCGCCUACCAUCAAUCGUGCAAAUGUUUAUGUCGGUUUCCAGGUCCAGCUGGAUUUGACUGGUAUCUUCAUGCACGGCAAAAUCCCAACCCUCAAGAUCUCUCUCAUUCAGAUCUUCCGUGCCCAUCUUUGGCAGAAGAUUCAUGAAUCCCUGGUCAUGGAUCUUUGUCAAGUCUUGGACCAAGAGUUGGAAGCACUACAGAUCGAAACUGUCCAGAAGGAGACGAUCCAUCCUCGCAAGUCUUACAAGAUGAACAGUUCAUGCGCCGAUAUUUUGCUGUUUGGAUCAUACAAGUGGAAGGUUUCGCGCCCCUCUUUGCUCACAGACUCUAGGGAUAACACAGACGGAGCAACAACGCAGAAGUUCUGGAUUGAUGUCCAACUUCGAUGGGGAGACUUUGAUUCCCAUGACAUUGAGCGUUACACGCGAGCUAAGUUCCUAGACUAUACGACCGACAAUAUGUCCAUCUACCCUUCGCCCACGGGCGUGAUGAUUGGAGUCGAUCUCGCCUACUCUCUUUAUAGUGCUUAUGGUAAUUGGUUCCCCGGUCUGAAGAUCUUGAUGCAGCAGGCCAUGGCCAAGAUCAUCAAGGCCAACCCUGCGAUGUACGUGCUUCGCGAGCGUAUCAGAAAGGGUCUGCAGCUCUACUCGUCCGAGCCAACGGAGCCCUACCUGUCGUCUCAGAACUAUGGUGAGCUGUUCAGCAACCAGGUCAUCUGGUUCGUCGAUGACACUAACGUCUACCGUGUCACCAUCCACAAGACGUUCGAGGGUAACUUGACGACGAAACCCAUCAACGGAGCCAUCUUCAUCUUUAAUCCCAGAACCGGACAGCUCUUCCUGAAAAUUAUCCACACCUCCGUUUGGGCGGGUCAGAAGCGUCUCGGACAGCUGGCCAAGUGGAAGACAGCCGAAGAAGUUGCCGCGUUGAUUCGUUCGCUCCCAGUUGAAGAACAGCCUAAGCAACUGAUUGUCACCCGCAAAGGAAUGUUGGAUCCUCUUGAAGUUCACUGUCUCGAUUUCCCCAACAUUGUUAUCAAAGGUUCUGAGCUCCAGCUGCCCUUCCAGGCCUGCCUGAAGAUCGAAAAAUUUGGGGAUUUGAUUCUCAGAGCGACAGAGCCUAAGAUGUGCUUGUCUGGUCUGUACGAUGACUGGCUCAAGACAAUUUCGUCGUACAUUGCCUUCUCGCGUCUUAUCUUGAUCCUCCGUGCACUUCACGUCAACAACGACAAGACUAAGAUGAUCUUGCGCCCCGACAAGACGACCAUUACGGAGCCCCAUCAUGUCUGGCCUUCGCUGACGGACGAGGAGUGGCACACCGUGGAGACAUCGCUGAAGGACUUGAUUCUUGGCGACUACGGAAAGAAGAACAACGUCAAUGUCGCGUCGUUGACCCAGUCUGAGAUUCGUGAUAUCAUCUUGGGUAUGGAGAUUUCUGCACCUUCGCUUCAGCGCCAGCAGAUUGCAGAGAUCGAGAAGCAGGCAAAGGAGCCCUCGCAACUUACUGCAGUCACCACCAAGACCCAAAACGUGCAUGGUGACGAGAUGAUUGUUACGACCACAGCACCAUAUGAGACUCAAACUUUCUCGUCCAAGACGGAAUGGCGCAUUCGUGCAAUCUCGUCGACCAACCUGCAUCUUCGUACCAACCACAUCUACGUCUCGACGGACGAUAUCAAGGAGACUGGAUACACCUACGUUCUGCCCAAGAACAUCUUGAAGCGGUUCAUCACUAUCUCGGAUCUCCGUACCCAGAUUUCUGGAUAUAUGUAUGGUAUCUCUCCUCCCGACAAUGCUCAGGUCAAGGAGAUUCGUGCUAUCGUAAUGGUUCCUCAGUGGGGAACCCACCAGACGGUGCAUCUGCCCCACAUGCUCCCCAAUCACGAGUAUCUGAACGAUUUUGAGCCCCUGGGAUGGAUCCACACUCAGCCCAACGAACUUGCACAACUCUCGCCCCAGGAUGUGACGACGCAUGCGAAGAUCAUGGCUGACAACAAGUCGUGGGAUGGUGAAAAGACCAUUAUCAUUACCUGCUCCUUCACGCCCGGUUCUUGCUCACUGACUGCGUACAAGCUGACGCCUUCUGGAUUCGAGUGGGGCCGCAACAACAAGGACACGGGUAACAACCCCCAGGGAUACCUGCCAUCGCAUUACGAGAAGGUGCAGAUGUUGCUGUCGGACCGAUUCCUGGGCUUCUUCAUGGUGCCAGCCUCGGGCAUCUGGAACUACUCAUUCAUGGGCGCGCAGCAUACACCGGAUAUGAAGUAUCGUCUUGUGUUGGACACGCCCAAAGAAUUCUACCAUGAGAUGCAUCGCCCUACGCAUUUCUUGAACUUUGCUAGGAUGGAGGAGAGUAUUGUCGAGGUUGAGCGUGAAGACGCGUUUGAGUAGCGUACUGUUAUUACUUCUUUUUCCUUGCAUUAUCUUUCCUUACCAGUAUUACUAUCUAUUUGCUUUUAUCAGCAAUAAAAAACGCAUCUUUACCAACCACUUCCAUGCUUACAUUGAAUUGAUAUCAUU